UGUCCGGCUAGCGUCGCGGCGCCCGAAUAAGCGUCGUCGUCGGAAGUUAUUUAAGAAAAUAGUCGAAGACUCAUUCUCAGUCGCGGGUGUUAGUUGGAGAACUUAACAUCGUAGACAAAAUGGCGGACAAAGAAAAGAAGGUCAAGAAGAAGAAGAAGGAAGAAGGAGAUGCCCCCGCUGCCGCUCCCGCCGCCGAAACCAGAUCCUCAUCCAAAAGCUCAUCCAAAAAAGCUAAACGAUCUGGUUCCAAUGUCUUCUCCAUGUUCUCCCAAGCUCAGGUAGCUGAGUUCAAAGAGGCCUUCCAACUCAUGGACCAUGACAAAGAUGGCAUCAUUAGCAAGAGCGACUUGAGAGCCACCUGCGAUGCCGUUGGUAAACUUGCAAGCGAAAAAGAGCUUGACGAGAUGGUCAACGAAGCAACCGGACCAAUCAACUUCACCCAAUUGUUGGCUCUCUUCGGUAACAGGAUGGCCGACUCCGGUGGUACUGACGAUGACGAUGUUGUCGUUGCAGCCUUCAAAUCCUUUGACGAAGGCGGUACCAUUGAUGGCGAAAGAUUCCGCCACGCUCUCAUGACCUGGGGAGAGAAAUUCUCCGCGAAAGAAGUCGAUGACGCCUUCGAUGCCAUGGAUAUCGAUGACAACAACAGAAUCGAUACUGGAGCUCUCAUCACCCUCUUGACCGCGGCCCAAGAAGAAGAAGGUGAAGCAGCAUAAGCAAAAUAACAAUUCUUAGAAAAACUAUUCCACGGUCAACAUUGUAACCAUCAGAAACAAAUAUUCCAAAUAUCAUCGGUGUGGUGUGUCUGUAUUAUUCCAACUUGAUUUCGAAUAUCUACAGAAAAAGUGUAUAUGUGUAUUUUCUUAUGUAUUUGUCUUUAAUUUACGUUUACUAGUUGCUUUACCAACACGUAACAGUAAAAAUAUAUUUUUUUUUGUUUCAUAAAGAACUUUUU